CCUUAUCACUCUAUUCAGGCUCACAGGUACAACGCGUUUUCCACACGCGCGUUAAGUCACGACCCCUUCACGCCCACCUCCCAUCUCUGCGCAUCCCCCCACCAUAUCCGCCAUGUCUCACUACCAAGCCGCCUUUUUCCCGACCUCGCACCACGAGCUCUCGCUGCACGCCUACAUCUCACUCCCGCGGCAACCGCAGCUGCUCAAGAUCCUCUCCGGCAUCACCGGCAUGGCGCCGGAGAGCUUCUUCAACCACCACCUCGUGUUCAAGCCGAAGCUGCCAAAGAUCUCGCCCGUCGCCGCCGACAUGUUCUACAUCCAGCUCGUGUGCCGCGUCGCCGAGGAUCCCAAGGCGCGAGAAGACACGUACAAGCCCCGCGAACAGCGCUGGACUAUGCGACUAGACGAUUUCCCGGAGGUCACGAGGAAGCCGGUCGUCGCGAGAGCGGUCUAUAGCGCUAACACGGGCAUGGGCGAUGUCAUCGAGUUUGCGGAGGAGCUGGGGUAUACCCUGCAAACCCCCUACUUCACCGAGAACGACCGGUUCAUCCACAACAACGUGGUCAUCACACUGACGCGGACCUAUACUCCUCCUGCUCCUCCUCCUGCACCGCAUCCUUCUGGCGGCGGCGGCGAGCCAGCGGAAGACGAGCUCUUUGGCAGUCCGUUCCCGCGCGAGGCGCUGAGCAUGGUGGACCUCAGCGGGGGAUGGGUGCUGCAGGCGGCGGUCAGGGUCGCGAGUAAUACCGACGUGGAGAAUAUCAACGUUGGCGUGGCGGAGCUGCGCGCGCUGAAGGAGAGUCUGAAGGGCGUGUGUGAACUCGAGGUUGUGGAGAGGUUGGCGCUGGAUACUAGAGUGAGAUGAGGGGGCAAGGUGGAGGUGGAGGUGCGGUGGGAUAUGAUGGGGAUAUUAUGAGUAUUAUGAGUGGAGCGGGAUAGGUGUUAUAUAGGCGUUC